GCUUCUUUCCCCGCCCCCACUUCUGUCCUUGCAGUCAGCGUCACCGUGGGGGGCAAGCAGUACCUCCUAGGACUCUAUGACACGGCCGGACAGGAAGACUAUGACCGUCUGAGGCCUUUAUCUUACCCAAUGACCGAUGUCUUCCUUAUAUGCUUCUCGGUGGUAAAUCCAGCCUCAUUUCAAAAUGUGAAAGAGGAGUGGGUACCGGAACUUAAGGAAUACGCACCAAAUGUACCCUUUUUAUUAAUAGGAACUCAGAUUGAUCUCCGAGAUGACCCCAAAACUUUAGCAAGACUGAAUGAUAUGAAAGAAAAACCUAUAUGUGUGGAACAAGGACAGAAACUAGCAAAAGAGAUAGGAGCAUGCUGCUAUGUGGAAUGUUCAGCUUUAACCCAGAAGGGAUUGAAGACUGUUUUUGAUGAGGCUAUCAUAGCCAUUUUAACUCCAAAGAAACACACUGUAAAAGAAAGAAUAGGAUCAAGAUGUAUAAACUGUUGUUUAAUUACGUGAGAAACAUCUUCAGUGGCCAAGGAAACUGUCCAUUUCUCUCAGAAAGCAAAUGAAAUGCUACAGCUAUACCCAGACCUUUUAUAGGUAAUGAAGCAGUUCAAAACGUGAAAGAAAACAAAACCUGUCCUCAGAAUUCUAUAAAGUGUAUUAAG